ACGAACCAUGCAAAAUAACCUGACCCAAAUAAUAACUUUGCAGUGAGUUAAGAGUUUAGUUUGUUUCACUCAUCACAGUCCCAGGUAGCUUUCGCGUACUUCCUGUUUUUCCCUUUCUUCUUCGUUUCCAUCUCACUCUCACUCUGCCAUCAUCUUCACAAUCACGCCCUUCCCCGGCACCACCACAUUCGCAGAUGGCCUUGCAAACAGCUACUCCUCCAACUGCUCCCAGUGCCCAAGUUGUGGGUAAUGCAUUUGUUGAACAAUAUUACCACAUUCUUCACCAUUCACCAGAUUUGGUCUAUCGGUUUUACCAGGACUCUAGUGUGAUUAGCCGUCCUGAUUCCAAUGGUGUGAUGACAUCAGUUACAACCAUGAAAGGUAUUAAUGAGAAGAUUCUUUCACUAAAUUUCAAGGAAUUUAAAGCAGAAAUAAAGACUGCAGAUGCUCAAAACUCAUACAAGGAGGGAGUGACUGUGCUGGUGACUGGAUGCUUGACUGGCAAGGAUAACAUGAGAAGAAAAUUUGCACAGUCAUUCUUUCUUGCUCCGCAAGACAAUGGCUAUUUUGUUCUUAAUGAUGUUUUUAGGUAUGUAGAAGAUGAUGAACCAUCUGAACUACCUCCAGUUAAUGGAGAUGAUGAUGCAGCUGCUGUUAAAAUAACCCCAGAACCAGAAUCCAUUUAUGUUGCUGAUUCUCCUGCCCCAGACCCCACAAAUUCUCUUGUGAACAAAGGUCAAAUUGUUGCAGAGAAUGCUUAUGCUCCACCCAAUCACCACGAGAGACAGAUACCUGCUGAAAAUGAAGGCAAUGUAGAAACCCAUUUUCAGUCAAAUGGCAAUGAUGAUUCUCAGGCCACAGAAGUGGCUUCUUUAGCUCAGGAGGAUGCUCCAAAGCAGUCUUAUGCAUCAAUUGUGAAAGUCCAAAAAGGGAGUUCAGGACCAACUAAAGUUUAUGUGCCUACUAAUAAGCUAAAGUCAGGGCCUAACAAAACUGAGAACCUGGUAGUUGAGUCAGUAGAAUCCGAUGAAGUGCCUGAAGCAACUUUGGAUAUUGUUAACGACCCUGAAAGUAGUGAUGCUCAUGGAGAAGUUGAAGGGCACUCCAUUUACAUUCGAAAUUUACCUUUAAAUGUGACGGUUGGUCAGUUGGAAGCGGAGUUUAAGAAAUUUGGCCCCAUCAAGCCGGAAGGCAUCCAAGUCAGAAAUAACAAGCAGCAGGGAUACUGUUUUGGCUUUGUUGAGUUCCUAUCUGUAAAUUCGAUGGAAAGUGCAAUUCAGGCUUCACCUAUUCCUAUUGGGGGGCGUCAAGCUGUGGUUGAGAUAAAGAGAACGACUACUCGAGUUGGAAGUGGCAUUAGCAAUACUGGAAGAGCUAGGAUCCCACCCGGUAGGGGUGGUUUAAGAAAUGACUCUUUCAGGGGCCGUGGGAACUACGGUGGCGGUCGAGGAUACGGUCGAAAUGAUUAUGGAAGCCGUGGUGGUGAGUUUUCUGGUAGAGGUCGUGGUCAUGGUGAAGGGUAUCAGCAAGGGAGAGGGAGAGGUGGGCGGUCAAGCGGACCAAAACAGAAUGCUGUUUUGAACUGAAGUACUGAAUGAUUUUUGGGAGAUUGUUCUGUGACCCCUUUUUUUGGGUAUAUUCUUGGAAUUAUCUUCCCACCCUCAUCUUUCUUUCACUGCAUUUGCACAGUUGUAGUAUCUCUAAUUUUUAUUGCUUUCAUCAUAGUCAGUCAGUAGUAGUCAUCAGAAAUAGGUAUACUCUUUUCUUUUCAAAAAUUUAACAUUAGGUUAACCAUCACUGCUUUUUUAUUCGUUGCUAUCAUGCAACAAUUUUACAUCCAAUUUUACAUUUUAAUUUAAAAACCCUUAUUAUUAUUA